AUCGGACUUUUAAAAGCCAUGUAACACAUUACACAAGCUAAUUUGCGAUUGCAUGCUAAAGAUGCCGCCGGCAGGAACGCGACCAGCUGCAGAACCGGAAGCUCUGAAAUAUAAACUAAUAGGAGCCAUUGCAUGGCAUGCGUGCACAAUCGCUACAUCAAACGUUGUCUUUGCCGCUGUCGUGCUGCCGCUCAGUUUAAGCAGCCUUUUCCAACCUACCGGAGUACUCGUACAUGCAUUUCUCUAUGCGCUUCAACUGGCGUCGCUUUUAGGCCACCGAUUGGUCCUGUCAUCUAAUGAGUUUGAGCCACUGACUUCUGCCAAAUUGGGCAUUCAUGGCCGGACUUGGAUAUCGCUGUUUCUCACUCGUGUCAUCGCCCGGGGACGAUCCUGGAACUCCGUCAUGGCAACUGCUGGAUUCUUCGGGGCGAACAUCCUGUCAGCUGUCGGUUACGCCGCGCUGUACGGGCGUCUGAAGGUCGGCCCUCACGCGGCGAACAUGUGGACCCUGUGGUUCGGCCUGCUGCUGGCCAUCUGCUAUUCAUGUAACCACUUGCUCAGGGGACAUGACGUCUUGGCUUAUCCCGUGCUUCAGAGGCAUCGCUGGUUCCGCCUGAAGGAACGCGUGCCAGGAGCGCUACUGGCGGCCGCCACGUCCACAGCUGUGGCGCUCGCUUUCUCCAUUGCCAUCCGGCAUUCGCUACUGCUGCGCCCUAGUCUGCUGUACGGAUGGGCGAUCUCGGGGAUGCUGUGUUCGUUGGGCUGGGUGCUUGGCGGCAGCCUGCUGCAAAUCGUAUUUAGCGAGCGACUGCAUUUGGCCAAGUUCGGCGACCCGGACCCGAACGCGCCGCUGCUCUUGGAACUUGCGGGCAGCAACACGUUCAUGCAG